AUAUAUAUAUUAUAUUUUCAAAAAUCGUGGCGAUAAUAUAGAUAUUUGAUAAUAAACGUGUUUUGGUCAAUGUCUUGAUCUUCAGAUAUUCCUUAAUAUUAAUAAUAAUACUAAUUUUUCAAAUUGUGCGUGCCAGAUCCAAAUCCAAAUAGUUCAUUGGUCGGGAUAUUAAACUAGUCAAUUCAUUAGGACUGUUUAUUGAAUGUUUUGAUGUGAUAAGUCAGAGCAUCAGAUGAGAAAUAAGACACUUUAAUAAACAGUUACCAUUCAUCAUGAGUACCGAUCAUGGGGCCAUGGAAUGUGAAUCUACUACGAAUGAUGACAUAGACAAAUUUAAUCCAGAACCAGGAUAUAGUGGUACAGAACCAUUUGAUCGUCCAAGACCUUACGAUAAUCAAGAACUAUACAAUAAUUCUAGAUCAUACGAUGGUUCAGGACCUUCUCAUGAUUUUGAACAAAAUUAUUAUCCAGAAACCAAUGAUUUACAAUCAAAAGAAGAAAGUGAACCUUUGUUUGUUAUAGACAGAACUAACAGUUUUAGGCUAAAUCGUCCAAUAAAAUUUGUGGUUGCGUCUAAUAAGAAUAGACACGGAAAAAAUAAUUUUACACCGCAAAAACAAAAUUCAUGUUGGAAUUGUAAUUCUGUGGACCAUUCCUUGCAUAAUUGUCCAAAACCUAGAGUUCAAUGGAAAAUUUCAAAAAAUCGAAAUGCUUUUCUUAUGCAAAAACAACAUCAACAAAAUUCUGGCGGUAGAAACUUCAAAAAUCGAUCUGGAAAUCAUAAAAAUGUACGAUACUUCCUAGCAGAAAAUAAAAAUUUAUGCAGUGAUUUAACACCUGGUAAAUUAAGUGAUAGUUUGUUAAAUGCAUUGGGUGUUCCUAAAAAUGGGCUUCCAAUACAUAUCUAUAGAAUGCGAGAACAUGGUUAUCCUAGUGGAUGGCUUGAAGAAGCUAGAGAAGAAUAUUCUGGGAUUUCAAUAUAUACUACACCUAAUGAAUGUUUACCUUUUCCUGGCAAAAACACUGGAACAAAUGAUUACUUUCAUUGCAAUAUCAAUGAGAGAAAAUUACACGAAUUUCCUGGAUUUAAUGCUCCAUGUCCACCAGAUGUUAUUGAUGAAGGGAAGAAAUUUGGUUGUCCUGAAUAUAACCCUGACCAAAGCAUUAAGCUUAUGUAUGAAAGAUUAAAAAAUGGCCAAAUUGAUAAUAAUGGAGCAACGUUGUCAGGAACUAGUAGUCAAGACACAAGUUUUGCAUCUAUCAAAAAUGAAUGUUCAACUGAAGGAAACGCUACGACUUUACAAGUUAAAGAAGAAUUAAAAGAUGGACCACCUUCAUCACCAGAAGAUGGAGAAAUUACUGAAGAUGUAAGUAAAUCCGAAAAAAAUGAUGAAGAGUUUCCGACUAAUGAAACAGAGUCAGGAAUUGAUGAGCAAAAUCUAACCUUUCAAAGUUGUGUAGAGACUCAAAAUGAUUCUCAAACAGAUAUUUCCGAUUCUAAAAUGACGGACAAUGAAUUGAACUCGACAUCAACAUCAAAGAGAAAAUUUGGUGAUGUAAAAUCUGAAAUCCUUGGCACUCCAAUUCUCAAAAAAUUUUCUUCUUAUGAAAAUCGACCAACUCAUGAAAAAUUUGCCAAAGGAAUGGUUGAUAUGGUAGAUCAUGAAAACUUACCAAAUUCUGUAGGGACAUUUCAAAAGUUAAGAGAAAUAUUAAAAGAUGUACGCAAGACAAUUAAAGAUUUAAUAUGAUUUAAGGCAGUUGACUUUCAAAUUAUUUUG